GAUACAUUGAAGCACAAAACUAGUUAAAAUGAACCGAAAUUCUGCGUCGUCAUAUACUGUAUAAUAAGACGCUUUUAAAAUGAGACAUGAUAUUACUAGUGUGUUGAAAAAUCCAUUGAUUGCGUAUUAUAAUAUAUUUGACUCUGAAAAGAUAGCAGAGUUUGCGGCUAUUGCCCCAGCCCCAUCCAAAGAUUUUUACCAUCUAUUAAUAACACCAACUAAAGUUAGUAGUGACAAACAGGUUUUAUUUAUAUUCGAUGAACUUACCGUUAAAUAUCGACAUUGCAUUACAUGAUUCCGAUAUCGGCUGUUGCGUAUGUGUUUUACUUCUAUGUUUCAGUUUCCAAAACUUUUAGUGAGUUGCCCAUAUAAGGUUAUAUGAGAUGUCAGGAGUGUAUUAUUUAACCCCAAGAUCUCAGCAUCAUGAAACUUGCUUUUUUAUCAAUUAUCGUCAUAAAAAUGUUAUCGGUCAACUUUAAUGCGGUCUUGAAAACAUAUUACAAAUCAUGGUAGAAUAAAUGCAGUUGUUUUAAAUUGACAAUACGCAAUUGUGUACUUAGUGGAUGAAUACCCAGAAAACCUAAUUAGUUCUGAGUUAGAAAUCUUCAUUUGAUUUAAAUUCGGUUUUUCGAACCACUAUAUAUACUGCUUGAUUUGUUACAAAGAAAAAUCUUUCUCCGAAAUUUCAUCGGGUUAUACUUGAAUGGUCAGAUGUAAGCUAAAACUAUGCUAUUGUUCUUGUACGGUUUUCGACAAAUAUUUCUUUGUUCUUACUGAAAAGAUGAAAAACUCGCUUUUUUAAAGAUUCUUGUGUCUCAAAGGGCAGAGAUAGUAACCCAGACAUUCUUGAGGAUUUAAAGAAAUAGUUGUAUUUGUAGUAUAAUUACAGUUGGUUUGUAUAAAGUUCAUUACUGAUGUGACGCAUCAAAACAUAUACAGCGAGUUUCGAAACUUCAUCUCUUUAGAUGACAGAAAUUUAUUCAAUUAUUUGAAAAAGAAAGCGGCUUGCCCAAAUGCAAUAUACCUUGACAAAGUGUUGUAAUAAUGUUGUGCUAAUACGUACACUUGCUAAUUCACAAUCGCAAGUUAAUAUCAUUUCAUAUUUGCAUAUGUAGAGAGAUUGAAACCUCGCAUACAUGCACAUUUGCCGCUGAAAUUUAUCAGCUUCGUUCUCACGAAAAAUUGCAAAACAUUUUCAUCGUUUUACUUUAUUAAAAAUUCAUAUUAUAAACUUUAUAUAGUUUUUAUUUUAACUUGUAUCAGAAAACCAAAGUAGCAAAUUAAAGUAAUGACGGGAUGAAACUAUUAACUGUAAAUUUAUGAGAGUUUAGUAUGCUGGCAUAAAAGUUUAUGACAUUGAGUAGGUUCAAAUUUUGAUCGUGUAAAAACUAUGAAGUGAUACAUUGUUGCUCAACCACUGAAUUUCAUCAGAUGAUUGUCUACGUCUAAAGUUUAUUGUACAUCCUAGCACUGAAACUACGGCGAGUACACUAAUCGUCUAUUGUUUUGCGAGCUUUAGUUAUAUUAUCUUUUUAUUUGUUCGCUUUAUGAACAAUUGUUAAUUUUUCAUUCAAUUGUCUCCUGCUUGUCAGUUCUCAAUUUUUAGAUUGUUAAAAUAAAUAAAAUAUCAAAUGAGUAAGCUAUCACAUAGAAUCCUGUCUUAACUUGUAUUCUCAUAUUUUUAUAACUCAGACUAAAGGAGAGUACACCGAAUUAUCCAUUAGUACACUGAGAGACAGAUUCAAUUAAUGUUUUAAGUGUUUUUAUAUUUUGAAAGAUUGUAUACGUUUUGACAUGAAUUCGACUUGUGUUUAGUGACACGAAAUCUGACUUUACGUAGAUCGUUUUCUGCUUGUUAUCGAAAUAUACAUGUCGCCAAUCCUCGUAUAUAAUCAUUGACCUAAAUCGCGUUAGUAGAUAACAGAGUUAAAUAAAUCAAAUACGAGAAUGGAUUUUCGAAUACGUAAAUUUUGUACAAUCGUUGAUCGACACAGAAAAUCAGAGAAACGCAGCAAAGGAAGCGAAUAGGUGAAGGCUUGUGAGCCAACUCGAUUUAACCAGGCGUGAACCGAUAUUCAUAGUGAGACCAAAAUAACUUACAGAUAUACGAUGAGUAAGAUAAGGAAUAAACACACAUACGCUUACAUAAGAACAGUCAAGGCUGAUAAACGAAUAGAUAACAAGGUCGAAACGUGACUCGAGAAGAAUAGAUAAAUUGGCCUGUCCAGAAGCUAGAAUAAGCUGUGUGGGCUUGAUACAGCAACCGAAACUACAGGUGUACUGUACUUCGUACAAUGUAAAUUAAGUAUUGGUUUGUUUACUAGUGUACUAAAUCGUGCUUUAAAUUCUAAAGACUCAUGCCUUACAUCAAUCGCCUGUUGUUUUUAGCUGCGAAUCCAAGUGUAUAUAUUAUAGCAAGAGUUUACAAAGAGUAUAAGACAACGCAUUUAAAAACGCCAGGCUACAAAAGCCACAAGUAAUCUCAUUUAUUUACUUAUUAUCACAAUGAAGGUACUAUUAUCCUUUGUUUCUGCCCCUAUCUUAUCCUCGGUCAUUUAGUCUCAAGCUCUUACUAUCGUCACCUUUAUAUAAUGCAAUAUCAUGCAAUUGGUUCCCAUUAUGAAUUUAAAUACAGCAAGAACAAACAUUGAUGCAGAAUAGUAUGAAUAUAAUAUAAUGCAAUAGUAUGACGUUUUUGUCAUGCGUUUCAAAGUAUAGCGUCUUUGCCAUAUCCUUCAUAGCAUUCGAAUAUUAAAUAGUAUAUCACAAGCGUCCUUUAGUAUCACAAUUAUCCCAAGUAUAAACUCUUCGUACUUAUGUAAAAAUUGAGUAGCACUCUGGGUUUAAAACAAAUUAACAUAAAAUUGUUGUUGAAAACUAAAAUAACUAUACUUGAGUGGAAACUGACAACAAAAAAAGUUUUCGACAGAAUCAUGAAUAAAAAGUAGAUAUUUACAAGUUUCCUAGAUCAAUCAAUUUUAGUUUUACUUAUCUGUUUUGAGUGUGUGUUGUAAGUGGCAAUGAAGUCACUUAUCACGUAAUAUGUGAAUGAAGUCAAAACAUUCUCCAACAAAAUUAUAAGUGCUCUUUUUUUUCAAGUUCAAAUUGAGAUGGUGGAAGAUUACAUCAAGAAAUGAUGGGGCAAAGUUUCAUCCAGGCGAAAGUGUGGCAACUUAUGAGGAAUUCGAACAAGACGAUCGGAUGCAUAAUGAAAUACUCAGGGUUAUGGGCCAUAAAACACUAGACUACUGUCUGAACAUAUGUGCUGGGAAGCUGGAUUAUUUAGUCAGAAUACCAAACAAAAUUCUAGUGAAGAUAAUUUUUUAUCUAAAUCUGGAGGAUGUGAUUAAUUUAGGGACUACAUCAAGACACUUUAAUGAGAUUUGUAAUAGCGAUUCAUUAUGGCGUGAGAUCUAUGUUAACACAACAUUAAGUCAGCCAAGUAGACCUGUUGAAGAGUUAGCAAAACUAUUCGGAUGGAAAAAGCUUCUAUUCACAAGCAAAUUACACCUUCAGAUGCAGUUACGUCGUUUAACCUUGGAAGAAAGUGACGACAAUGAAAAUAUACGAACAAAUGUUUCCCAUGAUCCUGGAUUGUAUUUAGAUGAAUUGAAAUAUGAUGGGCAUAAACCUGUGCAAGAGAAUAUUCACUGAAUAGAAAACUGCACGUUAUAUGUAAUAUAAACAUAAACAGUUGGUUAAAUUGCUUCAUACAUAAAUACAUUUCAAAAGAAGACUAUUAUUCAAAUAUGCUGUUCUAGUUACGCAAUAUUCGAAAAAAAUUGAAAAUAAUUUAUAACACUAGGAGGAAAUUACAGUGGCAGAGAUUAGGCAUGUUAUAUUGUGUACAUUUUGUCCAAAAAGUUGUAGAAAUGAAUUAGUUAACAGAACCAAUUUUGUAUUUUGAUACUUCUUAAACAUGGUGUUAACAGGUUAGUAGUACAGGACAUAUUUUAAAUCAGCCAUUCAGUAUAGUUCCGGAUGGAUAAUGUGUUUCUUAAGCAAUUUCAAAAAAUAUUUCUUUAUCGUAAUUUAAUUUUAAGUAACAUAAAUUUGGAGACAGAAUAUCUCCAUUAUUUGGCAUUUGCUGCUGUUCACUAUUCUUUUCAAUACCUAAAACUUUAGCUUAACAUAAGCUUUGUUGCGUCUACUAUUCAGUGAGUCAUAACCAUUGUUCUCAGUUAUAAUCUAUCGAUUCAGUUACAAUAUAUUCCUUAGUUUAAUUAACUGGAUUUUGCAGUACACUGUGGUUUGUGUCUAGCUAUUGUAGGUAAUCAGGAGGAAGCCUUAAACUUGGUGUUUAUGUUAGGACGUGAAGAUACAAAAUGUUUAUUCCUGUCAAAAUAGUUUGGUUAUGGUAAAACUGAGUGAUACAGAUUUGAAUCCUACGGGGAGCAAUAUUCCACUAAAGAUUUGAGUAUGCCGUACUGACUAGUCCAACUACAACAAAUUCUAGAUAUAAGAAUUAUUCAAUCAAUGAAUAUGAGCUCUGCUAACUAACACUUUUGAGAAGUAACCACAUAACAACAAACUUGUUUGCAUAUAAGACCUGGAAGAAUAGCUGACAUAUCACAUACUGUCAAAGUGUUUGAAUUAACUUUUUUUAUAAUCAGCUAAUUCAAAGCGGAAAACAGCAAUCCAAUCACUCUUGAUGGCGAAACUCUGGAAGAUGUAGAAUCCUUCACAUACCU